AUGGCGGCGGUGGAUAGCGCCGUACGCUACGGUGGCAUACGCGACGCGUUGCGGAGGCUACCUGCUCGGGAGCUCGGGGUACUGGCUCUGUGGAGGGGCAACGGCGCCAACGUGGUGCGGCUGGUGCCGGACGUAGCCUUCCGCUUUAUCGUACACGACCAAUUUCGGGUCAUGUUUGCCCCCAUGGACGGGUCGCCGCCGGGUGUGGCGGAGAAGCUCGCGGCGGGGGCCGCCACCGGCGUGUUGAAAACAUUGCUGUUCUACCCGCUUGACGUGUGCCGUACUCGCAUCACGGCCGAUCACCCCCGGCGGCCCCUGUGGUCGUACAUAUCCGACCAUUCGGUCGUGUUUGCUGUCGACUGUGAGAUCCGAGGGUGUACGGGGACUGUACCGCGGUGCGCUGCUGUCCAUGGGUGGUGUGGCGCCGUACUUGGCAAUAAGUUUCACCAUGUACGACGAGUUGCGGAAGAGGCUACCUUCGGACCGGGAAUCUACUUCGACCGUGUGGUUCGGCGCUGCAUGCAGAUGAACGGUGCCGCGGGCCAGGCGGUGCGCUACGCCUCCGCCUCCGACUGUUUGCGACAGCUGCUGCGCAGCCACGGCGGCGUGCGGGCGCUGUAUCGCGGCUGCCUGACCAACUGCAUCAAGACGUCGCUGGGCGCGCCCGUGCACUUUAUCAUGUACGACGCAAUCAAGAGCGCUGUGCAGGCGUUGGACCCCACGACGGGUGUCGCAUCGCCGCUGUAG